UCAUGCUGCUGCCAGGUCCAGAGUCUCUCAUGGGUCCCUGUACGGCCUCCCAUUGCUGCUGUCUCCAUCGCCACACUCUGCCAUGUGCCACUUUCAGGUCUCCUCACACUGCUGGUGUGUUCCAUUUUGUCAUAGGGUGCUGGCAGAUUACGGGCCUCCCAUUGCUGCUGCCAGGCCCGUAAUCUGCCAUGGGCCCCCGUACCGCCUCCUCAUGCUGCUGCCAGGUCCAGAGUGUCUCAUGGGUCCCUGUACGGCCUCCCAUUGCUGCUGUCUCCAUCGCCACACUCUGCCAUGUGCCACUUUCAGGUCUCCUCACACUGCUGGGUGUGUUCCAUUUUGU